AUGCCAAGGGCAAGGGUGCUGGAGGAGGCCUUGAGUGCAAAUCUAAUUCGGGUGAGACCAUCUCGUUCGUCACCUAAAGCAGAUGGAACUAAACAUUGCACCUAUCAUCUGAACAUAGGACAUAACACCGCGGACUGCAUGGUGCUGAAGGAUAAGGUGGAAGAAUUGAUCCGAGCGGGUCAUUUGAGAAAGUUUGUUAAGGAGGAACGAAAGGUGAGGAGUCCACCCAGAAGGGCUAGGGUGGAGCGAAGUGAUAGGAGAGAGGACAGGUGUCCCGACCGUAGGCGGAGUAGAAGCCGCAGCCAUGACCGAUCGCUGCGGGGAACGAUAAACACCAUUUCGGGUGGUUUUGCGGGCGGGUCGUCGGCAUCCGCAAGGAAGAGAAACUUGAGGGAGCUCAAAAGCGUCCAUAGGGUAGAUGUGAGAAAGCGCUCUAUGCCGCCAAUCACGUUUACGGAUGAGGAUUUCCACGCUCCCGAUCCGGAUGAAGACGAUCUGAUGGUAAUAACGGCAGUCAUUGCCCGAUAUAGCGUGGGAAAAGUGUUGGUGGACCAAGGCAGUUCGGUUAACAUUCUGUAUUGGAAAACAUUCCAGCAGAUGGACAUAUCCGAAGAUUUGAUCACCCCGUACAACGAGCAGAUAGUAGGAUUUUCUGGGGAGAGGGUUGAUACGAGAGGAUAUGUGGACCUCAGGACGUGCUUAGGAACCGAGCGGAAUAAAGAGGUGAAAACCAGGUUUUUGCUGGUGGACGCGAACACUUCUUAUAAUGUGCUGUUGGGACGACCAUGUCUGAACGCAUUCGGGGUAAUUGUUUCUACACCCCAUCUCAUGCUUAAGUUUCCGUUGGACAAUGAAAAUAUUUGCACCGUUCGGUUUGAUCAGAGGAUCGCGAGAGAAUGUUACAUGGCUGGUUUGAAGGUUCAACCAUCGUCAUCAGAUCCACCCAGCUGGCAGAGGAGAAGACGAUCAGAGGUAGCCAUGGCAGAUUUAGACCCAAGGACUAAUACUGACGAUCGGAUAGAACCGAUGGGGGAGACAAAGCCCUUCGGCCUCGGGCAGAAGGAAGAGCAAGUUACGACCAUCGGGAGCGAGUUGGAAGAGGAUCAGGCCAGAUUAAUUGGCACUUUGUUGAAGAAAAACCAAGACUUAUUUGCGUGGACUGCAGCUGACAUGCUAGGAAUCCGCCCAAAAGUUAUGUCACACAAGUUGGCAUUGUUUAGAGAGGCCCGACCAGUGGCCCAAAAGAAGAGAAGAUUGGGGGAAGAGAAGCGGGCGGCAGUGGCAAUCGAGGUGAAGAAGUUGUUGGAGGCAGAUUUCAUCCGUGAAAUCAAGUACACAACUUGGCUGGCAAACGUUGUGAUGGUGAAGAAGAUGAGCGGGCAGUGGAGAAUGUGUACAGACUUCACGGAUCUGAAUAAAGCCUGUCCCAAAGAUUCGUACCCACUACAAAGUAUUGAUGCGUUAGUGGACGGGGCUUCAGGUUUCCAUGUGCUAAGUUUCCUGGAUGCGUAUUCAGGGUACAAUCAGAUCCCCAUGUUUCCCCCAGACAGCGAUAAGACAAUGUUUAUCACCGAGCGGGCGAACUACUACUAUGAUGUUAUGCCGUUCGGGUUGAAGAACGCAGGAGCUACUUACCAACGGCUGAUGGAUAGGGUCUUUGCUGAUCAGAUUGGCAGAUGCAUGGAGGUGUACGUAGAUGAUAUGGUGGUGAGGAGCCGCUCGGUUGAAGACCAUGUGAAAGACCUGGCGGAAGUAUUCCACCAGGUUCGCAAAUACAACAUGCGCCUUAAUCCGACCAAGUGUACUUUCGGGGUGCCGGCGGGAAAAUUUCUGGGAUUCCUGCUGACAACUAGAGGAAUUGAGGUGAACCCCGACAAGUGCAGAACGAUAUUGGAGAUGAGGAGUCCACAGAAGCUGAAGGAGGUUCAGAGAUUGGUGGGGAGGUUGACUUCAUUAUCCCGCUUUAUUCCGAAGUUAGACGAGCGGAUAAAGUCGAUAGUGAGAAUCAUAAAGAAGAGUACGGUGCUGAUUGGGACGAUCAGUGCGAACAAGCUUUUAACGAAGUUAAAAGAAUAUUGGUCAGCCCACCGGUUAUGGGACGACCCGAGGAGGGGCAUGCGUUACAACUCUUCUUGGCGGUCUCGGAGGACACGGUCAGUUCGGCUUUGGUGCAAGAGCAGCCUGAAUUCAAGCUUGUAUACUUCGUCAGUCGAACUUUGCAACCAACUGAGACCAGACCACCCGAUCGCGAAAAUCCUGCGCAAACCAGAUUUGGCCGGAAGAAUUGUAGGAUGGUUUGUGGAGUUGUCUGAAUUUGGACUUCAGUUUGAACCCAGAGGGUCGAUCCGAGGGCAACAUUUGGCCGACUUUGCGGCCGAGUUACCCUGGGAAGAAGAAGGGCAUCAUGAAUGGAUCCUCUACGUGGAUGGCUCUUCUAAAAAGUUUGGUGGCGGAGCAGGAAUCAUGUUGGAGGGACCGGACGGCUUUGCUGUGGAGCAGGCAAUUGUCUUUCGGUUCAAGAUAAGUAAUAACCAGGCCGAAUACGAAGCAGUGCUGGCUGGGCUCGAGCUGGCUAAAGAUUUGGGGGCAGUCUCGGUCAAAUGCCGAACAGAUUCCCAAUUGGUGGUCGGGCAGCUGACGGAGAGCUUCCAGACAAAAGAUGAUCAGCUGCUUCGUUAUUAUCAUAAAGUGAAGGAGUUGGUUAUGAUGAACCCGCCGGUGGAGUGUUUGACGGUUCACGAGGUCUCUGAUCGGCCUGAUUGGAGGAAGGACAUAAGAGAAGUCAUUCAGAGGCAGGAGAAUGACUUGCGCGUUCGAGUAGCUGAGGCUAAGAAGGCCGCUCGGUAUUUGCUAAUAGGAGAAGAUUUGUAUAAGAGAAGUUUCUCAUCGCCCUUAUUGAAAUGUGUAUCGUUGGAGGAAGCUGAGUAUGUGAUGAGGGAGCUGCACGAGGGGGCGUGCGGAAUAUACAAGGCAGUGAGCAUUGCGUGCCAAGGUCAUAAGAGCGGGCUACUUUUUGCCGACGGUGAGAGAGACUGCAAAGAGUUUGUGUAG